AUGACUCCCCCGCCCUCGCACAUCGCCCGCCAGGCUCUGCCCGACCACGUCUAUCAGCUGCCCGACAACAUGCAGCCCCAGCCCUCGCUCUCGCGAUACUGGUGCCGCGGCAGCGUCACGCGCCUGACCACUCACUCCAAGUACGAUCCUAAGGGCACCAUUGAGUCGUUCAUGUACGUCUUCCGUCGACCUGGUGGGUACGGGCUCCGCAAGGACAACUUUGGUGUGUGCGCCGGCUGCGUGGAGGCGAAGGUCGGCGAGUGUGUCGAGAUCGACCCUGUCUUCCGCCGAGCCGUCAACAUGCUCGACUUCCUCAUCGAUCGGGCCCUCCGCAAGACCAACGAGGAGACUGCCAGGCAAGGCGACCAGGCGACUGAGGACUCCGUCGAUGACGCCGUUCAGUCGUUCUGGCAGACCGCCUACGACUACGCUCUGGGCUGUCGCAACGGCUUUGUCGCCUAUGAUGCUGUGGUUCGUCGCCGCGUCAACAAGUCUGGUCUCUCCGAGACCGAGUACGCCCAAGCGCGCCAGGUUUCCCGGUCGCACAACCUCCAGCGGUAUAUUGCUGCGGUCGGUACGGUCGGCGCGAAGCUGCCCAACAACGUGGUCAUCGAUGCCGUGCUCGAAGAGCACUUCCAGAAGACGGGUCGUGCGAACGAGGCGGAGAAGCGCUGGUACUACUAUGGUACUGACCUGCCGUCGUCCGCCCAGGCUCCCACUGCCGCCUUCGAGAGGAUAUCUGCGUCGCCCACGAAGCUCACUCCGGGUGGCCGUCGACGCCGUAGCCCCUCCUUCGAAAUGAGCCCGAGUGCGGGUCGUGGCGGUCCUUCUGCCUAG